GCCAAGAGCUCACUUAGCAUCGAAAGCAUCUCAAGCUAUAUUCAACCAUCAAAUAUGCAGUCCAACAAGGUUUUAUUCCUGUUCUUCGGUGUCCUUGCCAUAGUGAUCGCCGUUAGUCUCUCCUCUGAAGUUGUGGACCAGGGCAACGAUGCUAUUAGCGAUCGUCGUUUCCGUUGGGAAUUCUCAGAAGAUUCCGAUGAGCCUGCAAAUGACUCGCAAGCGGAUGACGGACGCGUUGAUGAAUCCGACAUAAUCAUCUCUGAGUCUAUUGAAUAUCAACCAGCAUCUUCUAAAAGUAAUGAAAGCGGCUCCACUGAAGCUUAA